GCCGCUCAGCCACCCGUCGUCUCUCCAGCUGAACCCGGUCUCCUCCAGCGCUUCACAGGAUUGAGAUGUCACACUUCAGGUUCUCCACAGCGCUGAAGCAGUUGUCCGAAGCCGGCCUCACGCGUCCCCUGCCCGGCUGCGGUGGAAGGAGCUGGUUCGCGACCCGCCGCUGCUGCUCCGGCGCCGCUGAUGCCCGGGCUGCGUCCUCCCGGCUGAAGGUGCUCCGCGGAGCCGCCGCCUCCUCCGCCUCCUACCGGCCGGCGCUCCGCUCCGCGCCCUGCGCCUCCCAGCGCCGCUCGUACUGCGUGAAGACGGAGGGCAGCGUGGAGGCGGACGAGCAGCUGAAGAAAGAUGGUGACGCCGACAAAAAAAGACCUGCAGCCGUCCUGCCCAGUCUGGAGGAUUUGCUCUUCCACACGGUCGCAGAAGGUCAAGAGACGAUUCCCGCUCAUAAAUUCCUCACAGCACUUAAGGCCACAGGGCUUCGCACUGGAGAUCCCCGGCUGAAGGAAUGUAUGGACACCAUUAAAGAAACUCUAAGGAACACAACAGAUGGCGUAACUCUGGACAGGCACCUAUUCAAGAAGUGUGUCCAGAGCAACAUUGUCCUGCUCACUCAGGCCUUCCGCAAGAAGUUCGUCAUCCCAGACUUCCCGUCCUUCACCACCCUUAUUGAUGAGCUGUAUGAGACCGCCAAAAACCUCAAUGAAGGACAGGUCGCAGACUACAUUCCACAGCUUGCCAAGUUCAGCCCUGACCUGUGGGCCGUCUCUCUUUGCACAGUGGACGGACAGAGACACACAGUAGGAGACACCAAGGUCCCUUUCUGUAUGCAGUCCUGUGUCAAGCCCCUGAAAUACGCUGUGGCUGUCCAUGACCACGGCACAGAGUACGUGCACAGCUUCAUCGGGAAGGAGCCCAGCGGCCUGCGCUUCAACAAGCUCUUCCUGGAUGAAGAUGAUAAGCCUCACAACCCCAUGGUGAAUGCUGGAGCUAUCGUUUGUACUUCACUGAUAAAGCAAAGUGAAGGCAACGCAGAAAAGUUUGACUAUGUCAUGAACUUUCUGAAAAAGAUGGCAGGAAAUGAAUAUGUGGGCUUCAGCAAUGCCACAUUCCAGUCUGAGCGUGAGUCAGGAGACAGGAACUUCGCCAUUGGAUACUACCUGAAAGAAAAAAAGUGUUUCCCAGAGGGAGUAGACAUGACCACUGUGCUGGACCUGUACUUCCAACUGUGCUCCAUUGAGGUGACCUGUGAGAGCGCCUCCGUCAUGGCGGCCACGCUGGCAAACGGUGGCAUCUGCCCAAUCACAGGGGAGCGUGUCCUGAGCCCCGAGGCCGUGAGGAACACCCUGAGUCUGAUGCACUCCUGUGGCAUGUACGACUUCUCUGGGCAGUUUGCAUUCCAUGUCGGUCUGCCUGCCAAGUCGGGAGUGUCGGGGGGGAUCCUGCUGGUCGUGCCCAACGUCAUGGGCAUUAUGUGCUGGUCGCCUCCACUGGACUCAGUGGGCAACUCAGUCAGAGGAAUACAGUUCUGCACGGACCUUGUGGAGCUUUUCAACUUCCACAACUACGACAACCUGAGACACUGUGCCAAGAAGCACGACCCUCGCAGAGAAGGAGGUGACCUGCAGCAGCACGUCUUCGGACCCCUGGAUUACGAGAGCCUCCAACGGGAGCUCGCUCUGAAAGCCCCUCUUUGGAAAAAGGUGUCUCCCACUGAGUCGCACCAGGACAGCUCCACCACUGUAGUCUAUAGAAUGGACACUGUCAGCGAGUGACUCAAAAGCACAGAGGACGCCCACUUGUCCCACUCACCCCCACCUCUCGCAGCAACAUCACCAUCAUCUCUCCCGGCCCUUUAAUAUUUAUAAAUAACUUAAAUUGUUUUAUUGAGGAUUAUUUAUUGCUUGUGACGGAGUUACUGUGUGGACGGACGGGGACGUUUCUUUUGUUUGUGUUUAUGAUGGGGGGGGGUGGGUGGGAUGAGUCACUGUUUGUUUAUUCUACUCUGAAUUCCACAUGAACUCGUGGCCUCCACCUGCUCGUUGCCUCAGUGCGUAGGAGCUGAUGUGCAUCGUGCAGGUUGUGCUUGUGUUUCUUCUCACCCCCUUUUUUAUUGCUGGUGUUUAUCUGACAGAAUCUAUUUUGAAAUAUAGUUUAAUGGUUGAUAUGACUGUGUUUGAAUGUGUAGACUCAUAAUCUUCAUUCAUGCAUUCAGACUACUGUCUUUAAAUGACUGCUUGCUGUAGCUCACACUCAGGCCCAACAAUCUAGUGAUAAGCACGUGUACAGAUUGCGAUGAACUGUAGGUGAUGAUCAAAAUGUUUAAAUGUUUAAAUGUUUGCUUGACUACUUAUGGAACGCUAUAGGUCAAAGGAGAAUCCUGUUAAUAUAUCAGUUAGAUGUGACCUUAUGGGCGCGAGUGCCUCAGCUAAGAUUCUCAUUUUAAAUAAGAGGAAAAAUCAGCUUUGAAUUCUGAAGGGAUUGAGUUAGAGGUGUCUCUUGUUCUCAGUGAACUGAAUCAUUAGAAUCAGUUCAUAAGAAUCACACAAAUUGAAUUUGGUUCAUUUCUGUCUAAACACAUAUACUUCCUGGUGCGGGGGCGCCGGCCAAUGGGAAGAGAAUGUGGGUCCUCAAGGUGUUGGCAGCCAUGAGACCUGAGGCUGCUCUUUUAUUGGUUAUUGGUUAAGUUGUCACGGGACACUCACACUUUUAUUUACAGCCAAUAGGUAUUGAUGUACGUUUUUUUUUAAUUUUAUUUUAAAUCUAAUGGGAGUGGUUGACCCUAAAGUUGCCACAGUCACAAUGAGGAUGGGCAUCUUGUGUGUUUGUUGAGUCUGGCUUUGUUUAUUUAUUUCGGUGUUGAUACAAUACACCAGCAAAAACCGGUUUGCUCAACCAAAAAGCUGAGGACAGAGAGAGAGAGAGAGAGAGCUGAGAUGACAGAAACGAUAACAGGCAGAUUUAUUGCUCUUUUCAGAGACUUGCUGGACUUGAUUGUCCUGAUUCUCUCUGGACGCCUGCAGCAGCUGAGCGGCUCUUCAGUGUGUUUGUGCGUUUGGCUGCCAUUUCUGAAUAUAAUGUGUGAAAACACUCGGAAACACAAGAACUGAGUGGAGCUGUGGUUUCCGGCGAGGUGUUGGUUCAACCUCCCGUCACGGCCGCAGCAGACGCCACCGGGUGCAGGUUGACGGCGGCGUUUAUCUCGGCUGCAUUCCAGAACCAUCACAGAAUGUUUGCACUCGCAAAAUAUGCUUGUGUUUAAUCAGGAUGCCUUAGUUUGAAAAACAAAACCACAAGCCAUGAUGUAUAUGUCGACCAAAGGGUGUUCCUUGCCUCUCGCUCGACGUCAGCUGGGAUUGGCUCCAGCAAACCCCCCCCCCCCACACACACACACACACACACACACACACACACACGAGGAUAGGUUGUUUUGUAAAUGUAAGAGUGAAUGUGUUUCAAAACAGCUGGAUGAGAAAAGAGCUUUUCAGGUCCUUUUUUAAAUCAUGAUUUUUAAAUUAGACUUAAACAAAACACAAAUGUUUAUGUCUCCAAAGUAAAAAAAAAAAAAAAAUUGAAGGCGCAGAACGUCAUGUAUGAUGUUGGUAAAUAUAUACAGUACUGCUUUUUAAAGUUCUCAGUGUUCCUAUAAAGUUAUAUAUUGUCAAAACCUCUCUUGAUAGACACGAUUCUCUGAGCUUCUAAAUGUGCACGGAGGCAAAUGAAUGAAUGAAUGUUUGCUUUGUGUCAGAAUGUUUGGUGAAUGAACACUUCAGACGUUCCUAAUUCAUAUCGUCCCCUCCAGGAAGUAGAAAUACUUGCAUAUGAAUGUCAUGUCAGCAGAUGCCUUAGAUGUCCCUCUCUGGUGAGACUGUUCGGGGGGGCAGUUUUAUAUCUAUUGAAACUGUACAGUCGGUGUGUGUGUGUCGGUGUGUGUGUGUGGUGUUUCUCAAGGGGCUGACUUGAGCUCUAAGCUGCUGGAGCCUGCACUGCCCCAGGUUACUUUUAUUCAUGUCGUCAAUUUGCAGAAGUCAAUAUUUAUUAUCAAAUUAUUUAAGGUAAUGGACUUCUGUUAUUGUGUGUAGGCGUUCAGAAGAAGCCCCUGUCCUCCACCUACAGUGUUUCCUGCAGUGCACGAUGUGUUGAGUGUGUUGCACACGUUGUGGGAUCUCGUUGUUUGUGUUGAGGUUUGCAGUGGACUCGGGAAAGCACUGACAUUAGUACGAGUAGGACAGUGGCCUUAUUCGUUAAAGUUAUAAUCCUUAAGAUUUGUUUCGUAUUGGAAAGUAUUUAUUUGACAACAUGUCUGACGGUGGCUUUUAUCCUGCUGUGGUUAGAAUGCUGCUUCCUUGGCUGUGCGUCGUGAUAGCCAGGUUUUUAUUCUGCUUUAACCAAAUAUGUAUAGGGUGUGACCCCCCCCCCCACACACACAGGGGCAGCAGACAUAUCAUGUGGCGGCAGCACGUGGUUAUAAAAAGCAGUCAGGAGUGUGUGUAUAUUGUGACAUUUGGGUUGAGAAUGUUUUAUUUUAGAAUGUGCGUUUCACAUCAGUGUUGUCUGCUUACUUUGUGAGUGGUUGGGGGGGGGGCAGGUUCUACAGGCCCUUGACCUUCUUGCAGGAUUGGCUUAUCUGAUCUGCUCCACUCUGAAUCUCUGAAACUGACAAACUGCUGUUACUUGGUGAAGAAGAAGAAAAAGGGCCAAUGAACUGUUUUACUUGAAGUCUGAAAUCAUUCACACUGGAUUCGCUCCUGUAAAUGUGAUUAUUACUCUGCAAUCAAACCAAUCACAGACGGGCUUUUAAAUGCUGGGUGUUCUCCAUUGAUGUCAUAUUUUGUGUUUGUAAUAUUCUUUCUCUUUUUUUUUAUGAUUUUUGCUAAUUGUCUUUUUGAUCCCAUGUAAUCAGUUUUGAAUUGGUUUGAUUUGUGUCUUUUAUCUUUGUUGAUUUGUGUCAUGGACAUAUACGUUUUUGUUGAUAUUUGAAUUUACAUUUAAAGACACUAUCAUUGCAAUAUGGUGACCUUGGAAUUGUAAGGUUCUCUAAUGUCACGGUCAAAUAUGAGAUGAGUUUUAAACCAGUUCACUUUGCCAUUGUUGAGAUUAAGAAAAUACAUAUUUAACAGAUGUGUAACAUUGGAACCAUUCAAAGCCGUUCCCAGACCUACAGUAGAUGAAUCAUUACAGUUCCAAGCUCAUGACUGAUGAUUGUCAAACGUCUCUAUGUGUUGAUUUCAUUUGUGUCCACAUCCUUGUAAUUCUUUGAGUGAAGUCUUCAUCAACCCAUGAACUGUCCUGUCUGCCCGGGGCUAGAGAUGUCGUAAACAUAACAACUCGUCUUCCUCACAUUUCCUUCUGGUUGUGAUGGACGGGCAGACAAGCCAGUGAUGUGUUUCCUCGGUGUCCUUUUGUAUAAAGUCCAAUAAAGCAGUGGUAUCGAACAUC